CGUCACCUCUUAGUGUGCAUCUAUUAAUUUGGCCUAAACACAUAAAUAAAUGCAAUGACUUCAAUCCAAAUCGACUGGAUUUUGAGUAUGUUUGUAAUCUGAGUCUCUGUUUAAGAUAUAAGAAAAUGGGAGAUGAACAAUCACAAUCACAAAGCUUGGGAGAUGAGCUAUGGGAUUCAUGGAAUCUUCGAGCUUGUCUUAUAAUAAGCCUCUCCCUACAAUUCUUUCUGUUGUUUGCAGCUUCAUUGAGGAAAAUAUGCAAAUCCAACUUCGUACACUUGUUCAUAUGGCUUGCCUACACCCUAUCAAAUUGGAUUGCUGCUUAUGGUCUUGGUCAAACUGUCAGAAAGCCAACUAGAAAUCUCCUUGAUCCAAACAAAAGUGGAGACCUUUACAUGUUUUGGGCACAGUUUCUUUUGUUGCAUCUUGCUGGUCCUGAUAGUAUUACAACUUUUUCAACUGGGGAUAGUGGAGUCUGGUUAAAGUCACUCACUGGACUCAUUUCUCAAGUUUUGGCAACUAUUUAUAGCUUCAUUCUCGUUGCAAUUUCUAGAAAGGAUAAGCUAUGGUUCCCAACAAUCCUAGUGUUUGGGGUUGGACUUAUCAAGUCAUGGGAGAGGGUUAUAGCUCUGCUCAAUGCAGGGUUUGAUCAAUUUGGAGAAACUCUUUUACCAAAACCAGAUCCAGGUUGUGACUAUGAAGAAGCUGUUUCAACUUACUCAGCAACAAGGGGUGUACAAGUUGAAAUGGAACCAGAAAAAAAGAUAGCCUCAAAUUAUAACAAUGAGCAAGAAAUUUUGCUAGGCCGUGAUGAGAAAAUAGAUGAGUUGAAAGUACUAAAAUCUGCACAUUAUUUCUUUGAGAAGUUUAAGAUACUCUUUACUGGCUCAUUUUUGAGCUACCAAACUCGAGAAACAAGCCGCGAUUAUUUUCUUCGGUGUAGAAAUUCAACUGUUGCUUUUAGAUUGAUUGAGUAUGAACUCAGCUUCUUGCAUGAUCUUAUGCACACCAAAAUGUCUGUGUUACAGAACAUGUUUGGAUACAUUCUUAGGAUUGUUUGUUUCUCCUCUGUUUCGGUUGCAUCUGUGUUGUUUCUCUUAACAGAUAAACGCGGAUAUACUGGGUUUGAUGUUGGACUUACUGAAGCUUUGCUCUUGGGAACCAUUCUCUUUGAUGUCAUCUCUAUAAUUAUGCUCCUAUUUUCUGAAUGGGGCAUCCUUAGAAUCUCAUUGGUUAGAUAUCUUACUCCAUCAUGUAUUUGGAAAAGAAAGAGAUGGUCAAGAACAGUUUUCCAAUACAACAUGCUCAACUACAGCUCAUCUAACUGGUUUACACAACUGGUCUAUAAAGUUUCUAGAUUUUUGUUGACAUUAACAGGAUCCGUUGAAAAAAUGAGAGCAAUGAUGUCUUCCUCCUUAGUGAUUGUCACCAAAGAAAAGGAAGACUUCAUUUUCAACAAGCUUAAGAUGUUAUCUUCAAAAGUAAAGGAUUUAAAAGUUGCUAAAGAAGCUUGUUCACAAAGAGGCCUUUUGGCCCUUUUGCAGCAUAGUAGAAGCUAUUCUAAACUUGAAUGGAGUAUUAGAGAAUUCCAAUAUUUGGAGAGCCUUCUUCUAUGGCACUUAGCUACUGAGCUUUGCUAUCAUAAUCUUAGUGAGGAAGAGCAGAAGAGAAAUGAGUAUGUUGGUAUUUCUCAGCUUCUUUCAAAUUACAUGUUUUAUCAACUUGUUGUCCAACCUACUUUGCUAUCCCAAGAAAUGGGAAAUUUCUCCAUAGUACUACAAGACACUCAGGCAGAGACAAGGAAGUUUUUCAAGAAACACUCGAUUUCAAAUCAUAAGGAAGCUUGUGAAAAGUUGAGGUUAGUAAAAACGCCAUACAGAGCGGCUGUUGUGAAGGGAACCAAGAGCAAAUCUCUGUUGUUUGACGCCUGCAUUCUCUCGAAAGAGCUUCGAAAUCUGGAGGAGCAGCAGUGGGAGUUGAUGGCUCAAGUGUGGGUUGAGUUGAUGUCUUAUGCGGCCAUUAAUUGCAGCCCGGCCACACAUGCGCAGCAGCCUAGUAAAGGCGGGGAGCUUUUGAGUUUUACUUGGUUACUCAUGUAUCAUUUGGGUUUAGGAACACAAUUUUCUGACCAGGUACCACAUGGUUAAGGAAGGCAUGUUACUCAAAAUUUGCUAGUUUUAAUUACUGCUCUUGUAUUCUAUCAAUUAGAUGUAUAUUGUUUUCUUAUGUUUUGAAUGAAUAUUAUUAAUCAUUUAAGC